AUAGGGAAAUUUUGCCUUUUAGAGAGCAAAGUUUGGACAAAAUCUCAUUUUAAAUGAAAAAUGUAUACCGUAAAUAAAUAUGCGCAUUAAAAUUUGAAAGCAACACAUUUAGGCUAUCGAACUGCAUAUAAAAUGGUUGGUUAAGUUAAAUAUUUGAUUUUUAGUAAAUUAAAUAAACUUAAAAGUUUGUCCGUUGGAGAUGUUAAAUUGCACUGGAUCGUUCUAUUUUGUUACUCAUCUUUUCACCUCGCUUCUCAAUUUAAGAAGGUAUAGCAAUUUGAAGGUAUUUUUUCAUCUAUAAAUUAGUGCAUAAAGUGUAUAUUUAAUUAAUAUAAAACAGGAAUUUAUAAAAGUGAAAAUGUCUGAAACAAUUGCUGUUGCGAAUAUUAGCUCUCCGGUAGCCGGAUCUUCUGCUAUUUCUGAGAAAAAAGUUGCUGCUAAAAAAACAGUGAAGCCAAAAAAGCCUUCAGUCGCUCCUACUCAUCCCCCAACUCAACAAAUGGUUGAUGCAUCAAUUAAGAAUUUAAAGGAACGUGGUGGCUCAUCACUUUUGGCUAUUAAAAAAUACAUCAGUGCUACAUACAAAUGUGAUUCUCAAAAAUUAGCACCAUUUAUUAAGCGAUAUUUGAAAUCGGCUGUUACUAGUGGUAAACUUAUUCAAACUAAAGGAAAGGGUGCAUCCGGUUCGUUUAAAUUAUCAGUGGCUGCCAAUAAAUCAAGUAAAUCCGGUGAAGGUAAAUCGAAGUCAAAAGCGGUAAAAUCUAUCGAGAAGAAGCCCAAAAAGAAAUCGACAGAUGGUGUAGCGUCAAAAAAGAAGGCAGCGGUUG